GAGGAAACCGAGGAAGAAAACUGAACAUGAAGAGAUGAUAGCCUUGGAGAUGCACUCGAGUCGCGAGCGCUUAGCCUUCGGUUUGAUCUGUAUGUACGCAGCGAUUUGCUUUGCUUUUCUUCUUCUGAUUGAGAUCCAAAUUGAAGAAGUAUGGGUUCCAAGUGUUUGUUGGGCCCUCCUUGGGCAUGCUGCUUACUUCCUGUUAUGUAUCUGGAUGCCACGCCUUUUGGGCCGGGAUAUUGCCUACAUCCUUUUUGCAAUCUCUACGAUGUUUUAUCUGACUCCAUGGGUAUCAGACCUUUCGUCGUACGUUGAUAUCUCAUGGACUCUGGUGCUUGUGCUGCGCAUCCCUUCUGUGAUCAUCCCAAGGAACAUUUUCUCCGUGGUCUUGUGCAACCUCUGUUUCUUCGUCAUGACAUGUAUCAGGAUUUUCCUGGACGACUGGAGCACGGUUGACAGGGAGAGCCCUUUGCGGAAUCCAAUCUUAGGCCGUGUUUUGGUCUUGGAGCUCCUCGCCAGCCUCGCAGUACUCGCCUUUGCAGUCCUGGUGAAGGCGUUUCUGAGGAAGAGUGCAGAGAAGAGCCUAGAAGUUGGAGCCUCUUCAAAACUCUCGCAGCAGUUGAAUGCUGCCACCUCGUUGUUGCACUUGUGUUGCGACGCUGUUGUAGAGCUUGACAGUCGCCUUCGUUUGAGGAAGCACUCCUCGGAAUUGGCGGCAAUGUUGUUGCGGGACUUUCAAGGUGCUUCCCUCGCAGAGAUGAAGUUGACCGACUUCAUGCCGGCUGUGGAUGCAUCCAAGGCAAUGACAUAUCUCCAGGAUUUUCGCAGUACCAGCAACAGUUCAAUGAGUUUUAAGGUAAGCGACAACAAACAGGCUCAUGCUUUCAUCUCGCGAAUGGUGGAUAGUGGAGCCACCAAGUUGAAGGUGGAGAUUUUCCAAGUGAUGUACCAAAAUCCAGGGGGUGAAAUCUGUCAUUUGGUUGGCAUCAGAGACAUCACGGACUCCAAACCCUUCGUCAGCGAUGAGGAGAUGAGCGAUGUGACCAUCCCCUUUCAGGAGCAAGCAAGUGAAAGCAGGAGUGGUGAGCUUGAUAUGUCCCUCAGGUCUAGCCAAGCGAGGGUUUGUUUGGACUUGGAUGUGGGCGAAUUGAGGGUAGCCUCAGCCACUGCACCGUUGACCCACGUGGUGGGUGCAUCCAUCGAAAAGAUCUUCCCUCAAUCCAUUUGUAUGUUGAUGAAGCGGAUCUGUGACGAGGGGCGCUUAUUCUUGGACAGGAACGAGCCGCUGCCAGGAAAGACCUUUAGCUUUGAAAGUCUGCCUGCUCAAUGGUCUGCAGAUCGCAAUCCUGAAGAUAUCUCAGGUUUCUUCCAGUUGGCCAGGAACGUCUCGGGCAAAUCCCAUGUGUUGAUGUUCUUCAGCCGCGGCAAUCGUCAGACUCCUCCGGGUUCUCCGUUGAGUCCCUUGAGCCCGUGGAGCCUUAGCCCCCCCAGUGUGAGCCGUCGCAGUUCCAACCGCUCCAACCGCGAGCGCAGCACGGGCGGCGAGCGCGUGGUGAACCUGGCGUCGCUGGGCCGCGGCUCGCCCCGGACGCCACAGCCGACGAGUACCGGUGAAAUCACACCCUCCUUGGCCGGAGGCCGCGACAAAAGUCCCAGAAGCUCGAUUCCCCUGUGACUUAGGAACCAAGACGGAUGGCCUGUGGCUUCGCCAUUGACCAAGAUUUUGCCUUGAAACCAUUUGAAACCACUAGCCAUGGUCCUUACAAGAGUGAGUCGUCGGGUCGUUGAAAAAUCGAGAAUUCUUCCGCAGCUCCUGCACGCCUGAUGCGCGUGUUUUUCCUCUGGCGGAGCUCUCUUUUGUCCUGCCCUGCACGGGACAUAGUACUGGGCUGUGGGCUGGACACGUACAUAUUAUAUAUGCAUAUAUAUAUACA